UGAUUGAUAAAAAUAUAAAUUAUAUCAGUAAUAAAAAACAUACUCGAAGUCCAAGUAAAGUCUUAAUAACCGUUGGCAAAAGAUCACCCAUUGCUGAAGGAGUCUUUGGUACAUCCACAGCUGCCAUUUCC